AGAAGCUAAGAGAGAUGAAUGGAAAGCAGUGGUUAACCAGAGCUGUAGUGCAAAAAAACAAAGUUUUGGGAGCCUGGAAAGUUUUAGACGGUACAGCCUUGCUACAUGUAAGAAAUGGCUGUAGGAAACAACACUCAACGAAGUUAUUCCAUCAUCCCGUGUUUUAUAUUUGUAGAGCUUGUCAUCAUGGCUGGGACAGUGCUGCUUGCCUACUACUUCGAAUGCACUGACACUUUUCAGGUGCAUAUCCAAGGAUUCUUCUGUCAGGACGGAGACUUAAUGAAGCCUUACCCGGGGACAGAGGAGGAAAGCUUCAUCACCCCUCUGCUGCUCUACUGUGUGCUGGCUGCAACCCCAACUGCUAUUAUUUUUAUUGGUGAGAUAUCCAUGUAUUUCAUAAAGUCAACCAGAGAAUCUCUGAUUGCCCAGGAGAAAACAAUUCUGACUGGAGAAUGCUGUUACCUGAACCCCUUACUCCGAAGGAUCAUAAGAUUCAUAGGAGUAUUUGCUUUUGGGCUUUUUGCUACUGACAUUUUUGUAAAUGCCGGACAAGUGGUCACAGGGCACCUGACCCCGUACUUCCUGACGGUGUGCAAGCCCAACUACACCAGUACAGACUGCCGGGCGCACCACCAGUUCAUCAACAACGGGAACAUCUGCACCGGGGACCUGGAAGUGAUAGAGAAGGCGCGGAGGUCCUUUCCCUCCAAACACGCCGCUCUGAGCAUUUACUCCGCCCUGUACGCCACGAUGUACAUCACAAGCACAAUCAAGACAAAGAGCAGCCGACUGGCCAAGCCAGUGCUGUGCCUCGGGACCCUCUGCACAGCCUUCCUGAUGGGCCUCAACCGGGUCUCCGAGUAUCGGAACCACUGCUCUGACGUGAUUGCGGGCUUCAUCCUGGGCACUGCGGUAGCCCUGUUUCUGGGAAUGUGUGUGGUCCAUAACUUUAAAGGAACACAAGGAUCGCCUUCCAAACCCAAGCCCGAGGACCCCCGUGGAGUACCCCUCAUGGCUUUCCCAAGAAUAGAAAGCCCUCUGGAAACCUUAAGUGCACAGAACCACACUGCCUCCAUGACCGAAGUUACCUGA